AUGCCUCCCCAGUCCGACGAACCGCCCGUCGCUCCGAUGCCCUCGGGCUCGAUCCUCGACCCGUCUCCCUCGCCGGCCAAGGGCCCCCCAUCCGUCGCCGCCGUCGUCGCCGCCGCUCCCUCCCGCGCCGAUGCCUUCCUCGCCCACCUCCAGCGGUGCCUGCAGACCCGCGCCGGGGCCGACGUCGUCCUGCUCUUCCUCUGCUACGCCUCCCGCCUCGGCGGCUCCCUGCUCGAGACACUGAGCCGCCCCAUCCUCCGCCUCUCGGCCCGCCGCCUCGUCGCCGCCGCCUUCAAGCUCCCCCCCGCCACCACCGUCAUCAUGUCCGCCACCACGCCCCAUCCCCCGCUCGCCGCCCUCGGGCUCCGCCUCGGCGGCCGCUUCAAGGCCCUGUCCGCCAUGCUUAGCGAGACGCGCACCGUCGGCCGCCUCUGGGGGCUGCUGGGCCUAUACUUUGCCGCAAAGAGGCUCGUCCUCAAGUCGUGCGCCUCGUCCCGACAAUCCGACGAAAAGGCACCCGACGACGCCGACGGGAUCUUCGACGCCGUCGUGGCUUAUGCCCAAGUCAUCUCCCUCGUCGUCUUCCAGGCUGCCGAGAACGUGGCCUACCUGUCGAGCAAGAAGAUCCUACCCUUCCCCCCUGCAACCCAGGGCCGGCUGGCGCUCAUCAGCGUGCGCUCCUGGGGUCUGUACAUUGGCAUGGAGCUCGGCAGGUUGCUCGUGGAGCGCUCACGCAAGGCGAGCAGCGGCGCCGGCACCAAGGACGCCGCGUGGGCCGCCGACUGGACCAAGAGCUUUACGCGCAACCUGGCCUGGGCGCCGCUGACGGUGCACUGGGGCACGCCCAACGGGCUUCUGCCCGACAUCAUGGUGUCGCUGCUAGCGGCCUACCCGGCGACGGGCUCCAUGCUGGACCUGUGGCAGCAAACGGCCUGA